AUGAGGUAUUGCAUCGAUAACGGCCUCCAUCGACAGGCCACCAACCUCCCUCCAAGCCUCGACGAGAGGCGAAAGCGCAUCUUCUGGACGGCAUACAUGUUGGAGAGAUCAGUCGCCCGGGCCAUGGGCCGACCUCACUCUAUUUCUGAUAGAGAUAUUGGCGUCGCGCUCCCAGCCAAUAUCGACGAAGAACUGGACACUGACGAAGCCAUCCUCGCAACCAUUGCUGAGUCGAACCGAUGUCCUCUUCGGAUCACCGCACUCACGCCAGCUAUUCAUAUCUUCCGGCUGCAGCAGAUCGAUUCCAAGAUUUCACAUACGGUAUGUCGCGUGGACAAGAACGUUUCCGCGAUAAAACCGCACAAAGUGGCUCGUCUUCGACAAGCUUUGGAAGAGUGGAAGGCUGGAAUUCCUGAGACUGUCCCUGAGAACAAGCCACAUCCUUACCUCACAACAGAUUACCAUAUGAUUCAAUACCACAAAACCAUCAUACUCUUGACCCUUCCCUUCUUACCCACUCUCACCCCAGAGCCGACCUUCCACGAGAUCGUCCACUCCGCUGGGCAGGUGUGCUCCUUGUCGAAACGCCUUCAUGACCAGCAGACGUACAUCUCCUUCACUUUGCUCUCGCUACAUGCCAACUUUGUCGCCGGCUUGGUCAUGGUCUACUGUUUCUGCCUAGAUUCGCCAAUAUUCAGUCCCAAGUUCAGCAGUAGCGUGAGAGCGUGUAGCACGAUGUUGUACAUCAUCUCCGAGCGCUAG